AUGAGUAUAAUGAGCCCACUAGCUUCAUUGAGAUCCUCCUCCUUUGCCCCUCCCUCUCCAAUCUCCAUCCUCCCCUUCCUAUAAAUCCUAUAUCACCAAUCUAGUGCAAGCAAGGGCUUAGAGACAUGGACUGGCACUCAUGGCUAUCCAAAUCCAGCCUCGAGCUACCUGUCGUCUAUGAGUACGGGCUCGUGUUCUCCACUAAUGAGCUCGAGGAGGAGGACAUAGCCCACUUCGAUCACGAGUUCCUCACGAGCAUGGGCAUCUCCAUAGCCAAGCACAGGCUGGAGAUCCUCAAGCUAGCCAAAAAGGAGGAGAAGAAGAAGUCCCCUCGCCCCAUGGCCAAGCUCGUCGCCGUAGUGAAGAAGACCAAGAAGUCCCUUGCAAAGUAUGCAGGCACAUUGAUUCAUCCUAAGAACUCGGAGACGAUGGUCGUGCCAAAACAGAGGACCGGGACUAUGCUGAAGAGGAAUAAGAAGGUGGCGGUUUUGAAGCAGAGCAGAUUGAUGAUUACGGAUGGCGAGGCGAAAUUUACGGAGUUGCCUACUCGCUCGCACAGCGCGAGCCCCAUGGUUCAGAACUGUUACGAGAGCAGCAAUGGGUGGGACUCCAUGUUUCAAGACUUGAAGCCAACUUGAGAAGCUCGUUUUCUUCACCAUAUACUUUACAAGGCUCUAUGCUAUUCUACCAUUUGCAGCUAAACUUCUGGUAUGGGCUUUAAGAUAUCCCACUUAAUUAGCACAACUGGAGUUUGCUUUCAUUCUAAGAUUUGCCCAGUUUGCCUUUGCUUUCCACUUUUCCUGCUGAUAAUGUGAUUGUAAGAGCGGUAGAUGUAAGAUAUUGAAAUAUAUACAUAUAUAUAUUUAUAUAUAUAAAGCUAAAGUUGUGGU